AUGGAGGCUGCAGUAAGUUCCACCAUGGGGGCCAUGGGCCCUGUUCUCAGGAAGCUCGAUCUGCUGCUAACUUCCGAAUCUCGGCUGCGGAAGACGGUGAAGGACGGAAUCGGACUCCUCAAGCAAGAUCUAGAGGAAGUAUGCUCCGCCCUCGUGGAUCUAUCGAUGCUGGAAACUCCCAGCCUCAGGGCCAAGUGCUGGAUGGAGGAGGCGCGAGAACUGUCUUACCAUAUAGAAAACUUUGUCGACGACUUGAUGCUGAUCCGCACAGACGCCGGUGCCAAGAUAAGAUCCGCCAGCAGCCAUAGGGUUGGUCGCGUGAAGAUUGCUCUGCUUCCCGCGCCGCUGAGGCGCAGCACAAGGGUCGCCAAGAUUGCCCAAUUGAGGGAUCUACUGUGGCAGGCUAGCGAGCGGCUCGAAAGGUACCAGCUUGACGCUUGUUGCUCCAGCCCGAAGCAUAUGAAUCUGAUCACUCAGCACCGCCGGGCUCCGGCGUUGUAUGGAGAUGCGGCCAAUCUUGUGGGAAUCGAGGACUCCAGGACCAAACUGAUUGAAAUGCUUACCGGGGAAGCAAAGCAGCAGCUGAAAGUGGUAUCCAUUGUCGGACCUGCAGGUGUUGGCAAGACCACUCUUGCGAUAGAAAUUUUCCAUGAACUUAGAGGCCAAUUUGAGUUGCGAGCAUUUGUACAUGCUUCGCGAAAGAUUGACAUGAGAAGGCUUCUUGGGAGCAUUCUCUCCCAAGUUCAGCCGCACCACCAACUACCCUCUGUUGCUAGUACAGUGCAGAGCCUCAUUGACAGUAUUCAGGAACAACUCCGAGAUAAGCGGUACUUAAUUGUAAUUGAUGAUUUAUGGGAAGAAACAGCAUGGGACAUUGUAAGAGGUGCUUUUCCAGAGGGCAAUAAUUGCAGUAGAAUUGUAGCAACUACAGAAAACAUGAAUGUAGCUCUUAAGUGUUGCGGUUAUAUGGCAGAUAAUAUUUUGAAGAUGAAACCUCUUGGCAUUCAAGACGCUGGAUACUUAUUCUUCAAUCGAGUUUUUGGCUCUGAACAACAAUGCCCUGAUGAACUGAAAGAAGUUUCAUAUGGUAUAAUAAGAAAAUGUUUCGGUCUUCCACUGUCCCUCAUCCAUGUAGCUGGUCUUUUAGCAAGCAUAGACUACUCAGAACUAUGGUACCAUGUACAUGAUUGUUUAUGCUCCAUUCUUAAUAGAAGUCAUACAGCUGAAGAGAUCCAGAAAAAAAUACUAAACCUUAGUUACAAUAGUCUUCCUCGUCAUUUGAAGACAUGCCUGCUGUAUUUCAGUAUGUACCCAGAGGGUUACAUAAUGUGGAAGGGUCAUCUGGUGAAGCAAUGGAUAGCUGAAGGUUUUAUUAAUGCAGCAGGAGGAAAAGACAGAGAGGAAACUGCAGAGGGCUAUUUUGAGGAGCUUGUCAAUAGGGGAAUGGUCCAACCUAUGAAAAUUGUCUACAAUGAUGAGGUGUUGUCAUGUACAGUGCACCAUAUUAUAUUUGAUCUCAUUAAUCAUAAUUCCAAGGAAGAGGAAUUUAUUGCUGCAAUAGAUUACUCUCAACCAAUAACAGGACUUUCUACAAAAGCCCAUCGACUGUCCUUCCGAUUCAGUAGUGCCAAGUAUGCAAAGCAACCAGCAAGAAUAACAAUGUCACAAUUGCGAUCGCUUGGAUUCUUUGGAUUCAUUAAGUGUAUGCCUCCGAUUGUGGAAUUUAAGCAUCUCCGAGUUCUAGUCCUUGACUUUUGGGGCAGUCAUGAUGGACACAUGAGUUUGAACCUCUCAAGGAUUUGCAUAUUAUUUCAACUGAGAUAUCUGAAGAUUUCAGGUGAUAUCAUGGUUGAACUACCAGCCGAGAUGCAAGGGCUACAUUAUUUGGAAACACUAGAGAUAGAUGCAAGACUAUCUGCAGUUCCAUUGGAUAUUGUCCAUCUUCCGAGUUUGUUGCAUCUUGGUCUCCGAGCUGCAACAAAGUUACCAGAUGGGAUUGGCCACAUCAAAUCUCUAAGUACACUAUUGUAUUUUGACCUCGGAUGUAACUCUGAAGACAAUAUACGGAGCUUAGGACAGCUGACAAACCUUCGGCAUCUUCACCUAACCUGUUCUGCAGUUCUGUCCAGUGACCACCUUAAGAGAAAGCUGAUACCUCUAGCUUUUUCUCUUGGGAAACUUGGCCAUCUCAAAUCUCUCACCCUGACUCCUGAUGCCUUAAGAACAGCCAUUUUGUUUGAUAUCUCGAGCGGUAUCUUCUCUCCUUCGAUCUUUCUUCAGAGACUUGAGUUCUUACCACCAAUUUGCUUCUUUUCCAGACUGCCCACUCGGUUUGGUGAACUGCACAAACUCCGCAUUUUGAAAGUUGUGGUGAAAGAACUGAAGGGAAAUGAUAUUAACAACAUUGCUGGAUUACCUUCCCUCGUAGUUUUCUCACUGUAUGUGUGGACAGCUCUGACUGGAACCGUCAUCUUCAGCACCAUGGCAUUCCCAGCUCUCAAGUACUUCAAAUUCACAUGUGGUGUGACGUCCUUGGCUUUUCAGGCAGGAGCCAUGCCCAGUCUUCGAAGGCUCAAGCUUUGUUUCUAUGCCCAUCGAGGUGAGAACCAUAGCCGAGUGCUUGAUGGCAUUGAGCACCUGGUAAACCUUCAGGAGGUCUCUGGACGAAUUGGUGUCCUCCCAGGUGGUGAUGAAUCCGACAGGAGGGUUGUCAAGAUGUCAUUAGAGGAUACCAUUAGAAAGCAUCCAAGGUGUCUUAGAUUUAACCUACAAUUGGUAGAUUUCAUAGAGGAAAAAUAUUAUCCUCCUUUAGUUAAGUUGCAUCGGAGGCAGCAGGAUGAACAUGAGAUUGCAGAGAAAGACUGUGCAGAAGAUAUGAACAAACAAGUUGAUAGCAGGUAUGGAUUCGUAUUCAGUAAUUCUUCACCCAUGGACCAUUUUCCAGAAACAGAUUUUCAAGCAGAAAGUAGGAGUACUAGCAAUAUACUUCCCAUUCGAUAUAAUCAACGGUUGGAUCGCCACAAAGCAGCAAAGCCUAUCGAGCACGAGUACAAGCGUAUGAGGUGGGUGCUGGGAAUGUCAGCGUCAGAUGGCGUAUCAUGGUCACCCUCGUCGGAGGCAGAGCAGCAGCCGUCGCCAGAGCUCUGGUCCUCGUGCUUUCUCGACCUUACCCCCAGCAAGGGCGUCCAUAUUAGCGAGAGCAUGGGGUUGAAGGUCGACAAGCUCUGCCACACCGUGGAGCUCUCGGGGCCUGAGGAUUUUGUCAUCUCCCUAGCUGCGUGGCUGGGAGGGGCUGAUGAACGUGGGGACACUCGUCACGUUUCAGACACAGGUGAAGAUAAUGAGGUUGAGGAUGGGGUGGUAGCGUCGCAGGGGGAGCUGGAAGAGUUGAGAAUAGAGACCUUCGAGAGGUUCACUGGAACAUCUUCCUUGUCGAUGACGAGUGAUGAUGACGCAUCCAGUAGGACCAGUACGACCAUCUCACCGGAUAUGAAGCUCGAUCGGAAGAUUAAGUCAUGGAUGCGCGGUGCUCUUCUGGGAAGUGGCUCAUUUGGGAUGGUGUACGAGGGGAUCAAUGAUGAGGGUGCCUUUUUUGCUGUGAAGGAAGUAUCUUUGCUUGACCAAGGAAGCAACACACAACAAUUUAUUUUCACACUUGAGAAGAAAAUUGCACUCCUUAGCCAGCUUGAACAUGAAAAUAUAGUGCAGUAUUAUGGAACUGAGAAGGGAGAAUCGGCACUCUAUAUUUUUAUUGAGCUUGUAACACAAGGAUCUCUUUCAUCCCUCUAUAAAAAGUACAAACUACGAGAAGUGGAUGUCUCUACAUACACAUGGGAGAUUCUUAAUGGAUUGGUUUACCUUCAUGAGCGAAAUGUUGUCCAUAGAGAUAUAAAAUGCUCCAAUAUAUUAGUCCAUGCAAAUGGAUCUGUAAAGCUUGCGGAUUUUGGAUUGGCAGAUGAGAUGUCAAAUUUUAAUGUGGUAAAAAAAGGCAUAGGAAGUGUUUACUGGAUGGCACCUGAGGUUGUUAAUCCUAAAAAGACGCAUGGGCUUCCAGCUGAUAUAUGGAGCCUUGGCUGCACCGUGUUGGAAAUGCUAACCAGGCAAAUACCAUUUCCUAAUGUUGAGUGGACAAAAGCUUUAUACAUGAUUGGAAGACGAGAGCAACCUCCUAUUCCAAAGUACCUGUCAAAAGAAGCGCAAGAUUUCAUUCGCCAUUGUAUGGUGGCGGGCGUGACGGUCCCCGGGCACAUCGCGGUGGCCACCCGAGGCAUGGCCGGCACGCCGCACGCCUAG